GGUUUCAUUAUAUAGAUUUGGAAGCCUUGUGGUUUAUUUAUAUGAGGGAUGAGUCGGGUUCGGUGCGAGGCCGAUUUGGAGAGCGCGCGCAAGAAGCCGCGGCAGGACGCGAAUGAUGUGCUGAUCGUCCCGUUCGGGCCGAUGUCUGUGGAGGCAGGCGAGGCGGCUGAAGCGCAGCGAUCGGAGCGCGCCAAGGCCGACGCACUGCUGGGCGCCAACAUGCUGCUGCCGCCGUAUCAGGGCCGGCUGGUGGUCGGGAGCACGAGCGUGAUCGCGCGCACGAUGGCGCAUCUGCGCGCGCGGUACGCCUUUGUUCCGAUCCCGGGGCAGACCAAGCUUCGCAAGGUGUACGCGUGCGAGACUCCGGCCUGCAACGCUCGUAUGGAGUGGGUUGCCAAGGAUGCUACCGCCAAGGCCUGGCUCGUUUUGCAUAGCCCGCACAGCCAUGCGGCAGCCGCGCCGACGCCUACGGCGACACCCGGCCAGCUGACAAGGGAGGGGCAGUGGUGCAAGCUGCGCCCGGAUCUGGACGCGCUCGGCGUGAAGCUCGACGCCAACGGCAUCGUCACGCACCUCAAGUACGCCCUCGCGCCGCCCAAGCCGCCCAGCGCGCACCUCGUGGAGGUGAUGCAGGCGGGUGCCAUCCGUGACAUCCUGAUGGGCAUGGGCUGGGCCGCGCUGCCGGAGCAGCAGGUUCGGGUGUUCGACAUUGACCUUGCCGCUGCGGAUGCGCUCGCGCUGGAGGCCCUGCAAGGGUGGGCACGCAUAGCGGGGGUGGCGCUGCAAGGCGAAGGCCAGAAGCUGGUGCGGCGCCAGCAGGGGCUUAGCACCGGCGGCGACAAAACCUCGUGGUACCAGCAGUGGUUCGCGGAGUGCCCGUUCGGCCUGCUGGAUGUCACCGGGCAGGACGUGCUGGUCUGUGCCGUGCGGCGCACAGCAGAUGGUGGGCUGCAACGCGCGCCGCUCGUCUCUGUAGGGCAGGUGUCGGGCGAGGCGAGGCGCGCUCUGCGCAACAAGGUGGCGCGCACGUGUCAAGAGGUCCACAAUGGCGACGCCUGGGCUCACAUCGACAAGCACUACGACGGCAACUUCUGGAUGGCGGGGCUGGCGUCGCCUGCUCGCGUGGGACACAUCAUCUGCAGGUACGUCAACCAGAUCAUCUACGAGUGCGAGGCGGAGCAUUAUCCAUUCGGCAUCGAGGAGGCGCUGGAGGAGAUGUGUACGGCGGUGUGGGAGGCGGCGGUGCAGGUUGCGCCGUACCUGACGAAGUACAGGGACGAGUUCUUGUCUGCCUGGGGGCGCCAGGCGAUGUACGGCGACACGGCAACUAACCUCGUGAGCAUGACCAAGAACUGCGCGGUGUCGUUGCACUUCGACACAACGGACGGGCCGUACAGCAUCAUGCUGUGGCGCCACAACGGUGCCGGCAGCCUGGACGGCGGGCAUUUCUUGAUGCCUGGCGCCUCCAUCAAGGUGCUGCCGACCGACAUGACGAUCGUGGUGCUGGCCGCUGGCAUGGUCACGCAUGGGACGGCGCCCGUGCUGGAGUCCACUGGCGAAGCGCGGCGGUAUGGCUACUCGCAUUUCCUGCGCGUGCCGGCCAUGGAGCGUGUGGCGCGGCUGAUCAAGGCAUCUGGCGGAAAGAAAAAGAUGGAGGAGCUGCAGGUGCAGGGCAUGAAGCGCGUGUUGGCUGCACGUACAGCGGCGGAUCGGAAGGCGCGGCGGGAUGAAAUCCAGAAGCAGCGGGACGAGCUCCUGAAGAGCGCGCUGGACGGCGAGGCGCUGCCCGAGGGCGAGCAUUUAGCGUUUGCUGUGCGAGGGUUGAAGUGGCACCGGGACAUUGUGAAGUGCCUGGUAUGGCAGGACUUCAAGGGCAAGUCCUGAGACCUGUAGCAGGAGGAGCGGGUGGGUAGUAGUAGCGAACGCUGGUAGUAGCGAACGUUGCUGCGGAGUUGGUGUGUUGCAGUGGGAGUUGGGCCAUGCACGUGAGACAGCGAGUGGCCGUACAGGUGUUCGCAUUUGCAUGUUAAAAGGACUGUGCCAUUUGCGCCAAGCAAGUGCAUGGAGUGGGUGGGUGAUGAACUGGAUUGGGGGGUAGAGCUGUGGGCAGGGGCAUGCGUUGGGGAACCGGUUUUUCUGUGAGGGCGUGUGGGUGCGCUAAGGGCAAUGUAACAAGACAGCGUGGCUGUAGUCAGGUAGCAGUGUAGGGUUGCGGUUGGGGCCGGGCUGCAGCGGAAAUAGAAGUAGGGGUAGCUGCUUGUUGUGGUGAAGAUGCGCGGGGUGUCGUGCUGGCGAAAGCUUGCAAAGGUAGUGGGGUGCUGCAUUGAGGCGCAUGAGGCGCAGUGCAUGAGGUGCUGGAAUGGACAGGAGGCAGCGAGUGCAGCGAGUGCAAUGGCGUGAGAUGAGCGGUUGUAUACAAUGAAGGUGUGCAGAAGUCGCAACGUUGGCAACGUGCAACAUCAAUGUGUUUGUCGUGGUACCAUAAGCAGAACGG